AUGGCGAGCAUUGGCGGAAGGGAUCGCAGCUGGACGAGCUGCGAGGACAGCAGCGUGGUCAAGAACGGGAGCCGGGUCAAGGGUACUGAGAGAGGUGAGAGGAAGCUGGUGUUGUCCGAGUGCUUCCAGCCACAUCCUGGAGCACUUGUCCGACCUCGAUGCCGCCCUCCUCGCACGCCGCCCUCCCCCCCACCCCCUCAUCAUUUCGCCCCCUUCAGCUUCUGUCUCGCCCAUCCUCCCACCCUCGUUCUCUGUCGCCGCCGUCUCACCCUCUCCCGUCACCGUCUCGCCUGUCCACCCGACUCCAUCCUGCUGAACACCAAGACGACGGCGGACACAUUAAGCCGCUGCCAUCGCCCACCCCACCGCCGGCUCGGCUCUCUGCCACCGUCUCGCUUGAUCACCCAGUUCCAUCCCGUUGGAUACCAAGAUGACGGUGGACUCGUUGUGCCGCCGCCACCUGCUCACCCCUCUCCCGCCAUCAUCCCCCCCCCAAGACAGGACUCCACGCCCGCGGCCUCCUCGUCCACUCCCCCCUCCUCCGUGCCCGACAAGCAGCAACCACCGCUGUCCACACCCCCCGCGCGGCCGUCCACCUACCCGCAGAGCUCACGUAUGGUUUCCCCCUCUGCCCUGCACCUGCUCCAGGAAAAUAUGAUCAUCGAUGCCGGCAGAAUCACGGGCACCGAUGUGUGUGGCAUGCUCGCCAAGGGCAACGUCCUCGCCUUCCUCGCCUUCCUCACACGGCUUCAACGCACCGCCACGCUACCUUCUCGUUCAACAGCGAGGAGGCUGCUUCCUUGGGAAGUCCCUCUGCAUCUUGGUCCUGUCUGUGCUGACUCACAUGGCUAUGCAACCCUCGGUGUGCUGCCAGGUGGCAGGGUGCGAUCUCAAAGUGCCACAAGGCAUUCUCCGCUGGGGGCGUUGCGGCCAUACGAGAGUGUGAACAUGGCAGUGCCCAAUAAUGACACGACAGGAUAG